GAAACAAUAUACGCUCCCAGCCCAUCAUUUUAUCAAAUAUUUCAUUCAAAAAACAAAUCAUGUUUACUUAAAACUAAACUGAUUCAAGCAGUUUCUUCGUCGCCAUCACAACCUACUGUAUAUCCCAAACCUCAACAUCUUUCCCCUAGCGCGUUUUUUUUCGCUUCUUCUUCCUUAUCACAUGGUGCUCGUGGUGGUCUUUUAUUUGAUGAUCUGCAUGACGGCAAAUUUGAUGAUAACAAUGUUGCGUUCGAUGGUGCUGAGAAUGUCAACGAUGAUGUUGACAAUGUUGAUGUUUUUGCCAAUUAUUAG